UGUGGCUGCUGCCCAGGGGAACCUGCUAGAACCUGGGCCCAGGGUAAGGCGAUGCCAAGAAGCUGGUGACGACUUGCUUCUCUGCCAUGGCCGAGGGCGUUAAGUAUGAAGUGGCCUCCCAGCGGGAGGGGGAUGGCCCCCCUUCGGCCGAUGAAGCCAGCCCAGGGUCUGAGCAGGUAACGCUGAAGAAGGAGAUCUCACUGCUCAAUGGCGUGUGCCUCAUUGUGGGGAACAUGAUUGGCUCGGGCAUUUUUGUCUCCCCCAAGGGCGUCCUCAUGUACAGUGCCUCCUUCGGCCUCUCCCUGGUCAUCUGGGCUGUCGGGGGCCUCUUCUCUGUCUUUGGGGCCCUUUGUUAUGCGGAACUGGGCACCACCAUUAAGAAAUCUGGGGCCAGCUAUGCCUACAUCCUCGAGGCCUUCGGGGGAUUCCUUGCCUUCAUCCGACUCUGGACCUCACUCCUCAUCAUCGAGCCCACCAGCCAGGCCAUCAUUGCCAUCACCUUUGCCAACUAUAUGGUGCAGCCCAUCUUCCCGAGCUGCUUCGCCCCGUAUGCUGCCGGGCGCCUGCUGGCCGCUGCCUGCAUCUGUCUCUUAACCUUCAUUAACUGUGCCUAUGUCAAGUGGGGAACGCUGGUACAGGAUAUCUUCACCUACGCUAAAGUGUUGGCACUGAUCGCCGUCAUUAUCGCGGGCAUUGUUAGACUUGGCCAGGGAGCCUCGACUCACUUUGAGAAUUCUUUUGAGGGCUCAUCAUUUGCAAUGGGUGAUAUUGCCCUGGCACUGUACUCGGCUCUGUUCUCUUACUCGGGCUGGGACACGCUCAACUAUGUCACUGAAGAGAUCAAGAAUCCUGAGAGGAAUCUGCCUCUGUCCAUUGGCAUUUCCAUGCCCAUUGUCACCAUCAUCUACAUCUUGACAAAUGUGGCUUACUACACUGUGCUAGAUAUGAAGGACAUCCUGGCCAGUGAUGCCGUUGCUGUGACUUUUGCAGACCAGAUUUUUGGAAUUUUCAACUGGACAAUUCCACUUGCAGUUGCAUUGUCCUGCUUUGGUGGCCUCAAUGCCUCCAUUGUGGCUGCUUCUAGGCUUUUCUUUGUGGGUUCAAGAGAAGGCCACCUCCCUGACGCCAUCUGCAUGAUUCAUGUUGAGCGGUUCACGCCAGUACCUGCAUUGCUCUUCAAUGGUGUCAUGGCACUGAUCUACCUGUGUGUGGAGGACAUCUUCCAGCUCAUUAACUACUAUAGCUUCAGCUACUGGUUCUUUGUGGGGCUCUCCAUUGUGGGUCAACUUUACCUGCGUUGGAAGGAGCCCGAUCGGCCUCGUCCCCUCAAGCUCAGCCUUUUCUUCCCCAUUGUCUUCUGCCUAUGCACCAUCUUCCUGGUGGCCGUGCCACUUUAUAGUGAUACCAUCAACUCCCUUAUCGGCAUUGGCAUUGCCCUCUCGGGCUUGCCAUUCUACUUUUUCAUCAUCAGAGUGCCAGAACACAAACGACCUCACUGCCUCCGAAGGAUUGUGGCAUCUGCUACAUGGUACCUCCAGGUCCUGUGUAUGUCAGUUGCUGCAGAGAUGGAUUUGGAAGAUGGAGGAGAGAUACCCAAGCAACGAGAUCCCAAGUCUGACUAAAUACUGUCUAGAAUCAAUCCUGAGAUGUGGAAAGCAGGGGCCUCUCCUCCCUUACUGGCUGGAGCCAAGGAAGGUGAAAAGGAAGGUACACUUGGUUGAAGCUGCUCAGCCCAGGUUUCUGGACAGAUGCCUUCAGUUUUCGAACCUGCCUUUUAAGAGAUGAAAAGUAAUUUAUUUGUUUUGCUACACAUUGCUUUAUUGUCCCUUUAAAAAAAUCUGGAACAGACAGUGGUGGGGAGCAUGUCAGGUGUGGGCUUGAUCCCCUGUGUUAAGACUUUUACUCACCUCUGGGUGUGCCUACCCACUCCUUUUCCUUUAAAAGAGCCAAAAAUGCUCCGAAAUUCCUGUCUCCUUUAGAGACAUGAAACUGUCACAGGUGCUAGAUAAUAAAAGGGUUAUGUUCUAAA